UGUUGCUGAGUUUUUUGAUGUUGAUGCAGUGGGGACACUGAGGACUGAGCACCUGGCAAGAGUACAAGGAAGCUGGAACGUUCCAUGCAGAAGGACGGCCCAACAAUUAAAGUAUAAAGGAUGAUGGAAGAACCCCAAAAUCAGUCUACUUGUUCUCAUAGUACAGCAAAUCCAAAACCAGCAACAUGACCACCCUUCAGCUGAGAAGUGUAAAUAUUCAGAAGCAAACCAAUGCUGCGAAUCACCAUACCAGUGACUAUGACUCCACGUCCUUUGUAGUAAGAAGAGGAGAAUACAUCAUAAACUCAUUUAAUUUCAACCGGCCUUUCUCUACUGGAGAGAGUCUGGCUAUAGCUGUGGAAACAGGUCCAUCGCCUUCAGUAUCCAAUAAAACUAAAGUUGUAAUGCCAGUCUCCACAAAUGUGAACCCAAAAACCUGGAGCGCAUCUCGUGGUCAAAGCAGUGGGGGAACUGUGACCGUUAAAAUAAAUAUUCCAGUAGACGCUGUCAUCGGGCGUUACAAGGUGACUGCAAAUGUCAACAGGUCUGGCCGCAUAGCAUCUUACAGACUUUUCGAAUGGAUUGUUCUCUUUAACCCUUGGAAUCAGGAGGACCAGGUAUACAUGAGCAAUGAAGCAGAAAGGAAUGAGUAUGUGCUUAAUGAAACAGGACUGAUUUUCACUGGGAGUUCAAGUUUCAAAGGAAGCAGAAGAUGGGACUAUGCCCAGUUUGAGGGGGAUAUUUUGGACAUUGGCUUAUUCUUGCUAGAUAGCAGUCGAGAGUACAAAACAGAUCCCACCACAGAUGUCUCUAAAAGAAAUGAUCCAAUCUAUGUGGGACGGGUGUUAAGUUCUAUGGUCAACAGUAAUGACGACAGAGGUGUCUUAGUGGGAAACUGGACAGGAGAUUACACAGGAGGUCAAACUCCUAGCUCAUGGAGUGGAAGUGCAGCAAUACUCCGGAGCUGGCGUAAAAAUGGACCAGUGAAAUUUGGACAGUGCUGGGUAUAUGCUGGUGUCCUGUGUACAGUACUUCGAUGCCUGGGGAUACCUUCCCGUGUGAUUACAAAUUUUGAGUCAGCUCAUGACACCAAUACCAACCUGCUGAUUGAACAGUAUUUUGAUGAAUAUGGAAUGAGUCUCCCUUCCCCUGACAGUGUGUGGAAUUUCCAUUGCUGGGAUGAAGGUUGGUUUACUAGACAUGAUCUUGGUGAUGAUUUUGGUGGAUGGCAAAUUUUGGAUGCAACCCCACAAGAACUAAGUGAUGGCAGCUUCCGCCUUGGACCUACCUCCCAAAAAGCUGUCAAAGAGGGAGAAGUGACCUUUGAUUUUGAUACCACCUUUGUAUUUGGUGAAGUAAAUUCGGACAGAAAGCAAUAUAUUAAAUACAGAGAUGGAAGACCUCUUUCAAAUACCUACACUGACUCUGUAUCUGUUGGAAAAUUCAUCAGCACCAAGGCAGUUGGUUCUUUUGACCGCCUAGAUGUAACAAAUGAUUACAAAUACCCCGAAGGUUUUGCCAAAGAAAGAGAGAUUUUUAAUAAAGCACGGACAACAUUGCUAAGCUUUGGAAUUGCUACAAUGUCUAUGAGAAUGGAACAAGAUGAACCAAAAGGGCCAAAACCUGAAAUCACUGGCAGUUUCAAGCCAAGUGGAGAACCGCAGAUCGGUGAUGAUGUUCCAUUCAUCUUCAUUAUAAAAAACCCUACCUCUGCAACGAAAAACAUAAAAUUCAAGCUUACUGUUACAUCAAUUAUAUAUAACAGAACAACCGUGAAAGAAAUCCUAACUAAUUCCCAAUCAGUCACCGUGGCUGCUAAUAAAGAGGAAUCUAUAAGCCUCACAGUAGAAUAUGCAAAGUAUCAGAAUGCUCUCACCCCUGACAAUAUGAUCCGAGCUGUGGCUGUGUGUGAAGAAGAAAAUGGAGCAACAUUGCUGAGUGAAAGUGUUCUUACCUUGAAGAACCCACCAAUGCAGCUGAAGGUUUCUGAAAAAGUGAUUGUAAAUAAAGCAGUGUCUGUGGAAGUGAUUUUCAACAAUACAAUUGGAGAAACGCUUAAAAACUGUUUAUUAACUUUAGAAGGCAGUGGUCUGAUUAAAGAGGCAAUGAAAAUUCAAGUGCCAGAUCUGAAACCCAAUGAAAAAUAUUCAACCAAAGUUGCCAUCACUCCAUAUAAAGUCGGUGAAAAAAACUGCUCAGCUAACUUUUCUGCCAACAAAUUAUCUGAUGUGAAGGCAUACUAUAUUGUUAAAGUGGAUUCUGCUUAGAAAUGACUGGGGCAACUGUACAGGAUGAAAAUAGAACUGCAGGAACAACUUUGUGUUGUGUCAAUCAUUAUUAGUAGAAUAAAAAAUAGAGUGCUAUAUUCUGAAUAAAUAUUACUUGUACAGGC